UCGUAGUCUGCGACCACCACCUGUACAAUCCUCUUCACUCAUCAAACUCUCAAAUGGAGUCACACACUCUCUCUCUUCUCAAAACCCAGAACCGUUUACUCACAGUCACAGCUCCGUGACCAAACGUCGUCACCUCCAUGCCGAUUGCCUCCAUCUCAAUUCUCCGCCACCGCUCCGUCACCGCCACCGUCACCGUCACUCUCCCCACCUUCAACGACCUCUGCCGCCGAUUCUCAACCGUCCGAUGCGUCCCUAUCGCAGCAGCAAAGCACCCUAACGUCACCAGAAAAUCGCAGCCGCCGGACAAGAAGCUCCUCCGAGCUAAACAGACCUUCAAGGACUACUCCUCCCUCGCCCCGGUCCUCUCUCCUCAGGACAAGCCUCCUCUCUCGGAAUCCCAGACCGUCGGCACCGUCGCCGCCGCUCAGGCCAACUUCAUGCGCGUCAUCGUCGAACCUCCUGGAAGCCUCGAGAAGAGCUCGGACGAAACGGCGUCGUCGUCUUCUGGAUUUCAGGUGGAGCUGCUGUGUGUGGUGAGGGCGUUGUUGAAGAAGAUAAAGAGGAGAGUGUUGGUUGGGGACAAGGUGCUGGUGGGGUCCAUUGACUGGGUGGACCGCCGGGGAAUGAUCGAGAAUGUGUACCGGAGGAGCUCCGAGAUUCUUGACCCGCCGGUGGCCAAUGUGGACCAUCUGCUAGUGCUUUUCUCUCUGGAGCAGCCCAAGCUUGACCCCUUCGCGCUCACUAGGUUUCUGGUUGAGGCCGAGUCCACUGGAAUUCCACUCACUCUGGCUCUCAACAAGUCUGAGCUGGUCGAAGAAGAGACAAAGGCUACAUGGAAGUCUAGGCUACAUAAGUGGGGCUACAAGCCACUAUUUUGCAGCGUUGAAUCUAAAUCUGGACUCGACUCUCUUGCUUUUAUUUUGAGAGAUCAAACAAGUGUAAUUGUGGGUCCAAGUGGAGUUGGAAAGUCUAGUCUGAUCAAUGCUUUGAGGAAUAGCGACCAUCAUGCUUUUGAUGCUGCAGAAGUGGAUAAUCGGCUUGAUCCAAUUUCAGGCAGCAAGUGGUUGGAGGAUCAGCGUGUUGGAGAGGUUUCAGUAAGAAGUGGUAAAGGGAAGCAUACCACUCGCCACGUUUCCUUGCUUCCAUUGUCUGGAGGAGGGUAUCUUGCUGAUACUCCUGGGUUCAGCCAGCCUAGUUUAAUGAAAGUAACAAAGCAAUCUCUGGCACAAGCUUUCCCCGAGAUACAGAAGAUGCUCAAUGACAGUGAAGCUGCAAAAUGCGCAUUCAGUGACUGCUUGCAUUUGGGUGAAAAAGGUUGCGUUGUAGGGACUGACUGGGAAAGAUACCCGUACUAUUUCCAACUUCUUGAUGAGAUCAGAAUCAGAGAGGAAUUUCAGUUAAGGACAUUUGGAACCAAAAAAGAGGGUGAUGUAAGGAUCAAGGAUGGACAAGCUGAACCAAGGUUGGAGCGUAAGAAGCAUAGGAGAGUAUCUCGCAAGAGUAUGAACCAAUCAGUACUAGAUGAAUUAGAUGAGCUUGAUGACGACGACGACGACUUACUAGAUGAGGUGAACCGAUAAGACAAUGAGGAGUAAGGACUAGUAGGAAGUUGCUUCAUAUCAAAACAUUGUAAAUAGCAAGUUCGAACUGCAUCUUGACACAAGAGGUUAGAUGGAUCUUAGCCGUACAGAUAACAGAGUGAAAAUAAUCAAUCUCUCGAGUCAUUUUUCUUUCUUCUGAUAUCUGAUAUGUAAGCAAAAGUUUCUAAGUUGGGAGUGAACUCAAUCACCGAGAUCUUUAGAGUUUAGACUUGAUCAUCCUUAAACCUUGAUUUA